UUCAUCUAUUACCAGCGAUUUUCACUAUUUAUUACAUGUAAGCUAAAUGAAAUAGAUUGAUUUCUCCCUUUGCAGAUUUUCUUUAUGUGAAGAAUAAAAGGUCUUACAUGGGAAGGAAUACAAGCCUAUUUAAAAUCAAUUAUGGCCUUUCCAGUUGAUUGCUUAUAUUUGAUUUUUGAAAGGCUGGACAGCAUAUCAGAUCGCGAAUCUUUUGGCUUGACAUGCCAUAGCUGGCUUGAUGUUCAAAAUUCCAGUCUCAGAUCUCUAAAAUUGACUUGCUAUGUACCUAUCCCCAUCAAAUCCUCAGAGUCACGAAACAACAGCACCAGCCUUUCACGAAACAACAGGACCAGCCUUGAAACUAAACUUAAUAGAUUGCUGCUGCGUUUUCGCAACCUAAAAUCAUUCACCAUCACAGGAUGGUCCCAAUUGUCUGACUCAGGCUUAUCAGUGUUGGCAUUGUGCAGCUCAACAUUGCAAGCUCUUCACCUAUGUUAUUGUACUGAAAUAACUGACCUUGGGAUGCCAUUCAUUGCAUCUGUGUUUCCUUCGCUGUCAAGUAUUACUCUUUCUAGUUCCCAUGUUACAGAUAUCGGACUCAAUAUUUUGACUAGAAGAUGCACUGGAUUGAAGGACAUUAACCUGUCAGGCUGUAUUGAAAUUACCGACAGAGGAAUCAGUUAUCUUAUUAUGAAUUGCCGUCAACUUCAGUCAUUGAGAAUAUCUCAUUGCGGAAACAUCAGAGGCUUGGGCUUUAAGGAUUGUUCGAAGACUCUAACCUGUCUUGUAGCGCAAUGCUGCAAGCUGUUUCCUGAGGGCAUAAAGGGAAUUUUGAGCGGGGGUGGAAUGCAAUUUCUUAACCUCUCUUUUUGCACGGGCAUGAAUGGAGAUGGGGUGACCUUUAUUGGGGGGGGAAUAUCCUCCAGGUUGAGAGUCCUCGACUUAAGGAGGUGCAGAACGGUUAGGGAUGAGACAAUUGCAGUUAUUGCAAAUGAGUGCAGUUUUCUGCAACACUGGCACUUAGGUUUUUGCCUCCAAAUUGGGCUUUCAAGUUGGGAAUCAAUUGGAUUGAACUGCCAGAGCUUGGAGAGGCUUCAUGUGAACAGAUGCACCAGUUUAUGUGUAGUGGGGAUGCAAGCCUUGAGGGAUGGAUGCAAACGACUUUCAAUUCUCUACACUGGUACUCCGAAUUCUCGUUUGUCUUUACUUGCUCGGGAGGUGUUCCAAUCGCUAAGACCCGAGGUGGAAUUGAGAAAUGGUUAUGUAGAAAGUAUUAUCCCUAAAGAGGCGUUCUUCGAGCUACAGAAGUAAACAUCUUGAAGUAGAAUUCACUAAUAAGCUCUUUCUAAAGAUUCUAUUUAAGUAUUGUUUAUGUGAGAAACAAUAGAGGGUGGACAUGAAUAUCUAGACCUAUCUCUUGGCAAUGGCAUAUGUGGGAAUGAGACAGUUGCACCCAUUGCAAAGGGAUGUUGUUUGUAGGAAGAGUGAGUUUCAUGCAAACGACUUUCAAUUCUUUACACUGGUAGCCCGUAUUCUCGUUUGUCUUUACUUGCUCGGAAGACCUUCCAAUUGCUAAGACCGACCGGCCGGAUGUUGAGUUGAGCCAUGAAGAAGAAGAAGUAUUGUGUAUUGUCCCUAGAUGCAUGGGAAAUCUUUACUCUC